AUGAGCUUGAAAACGGAACAUGGAAUUCAGAUUUACAAACUGUGGGAUUAUAUCAGAGACAAGAAGAAGACAGAACACUUUGAUCACGAGUUUUCAGAGCUUCCUACUGGUCUUGUUUAUAAACACGAUGUGGCUGAGAGAGAAGAAAACAAAGGAAAGAACAGAUACAGGGAGAUGUAUGCAUAUGAUCACUCACGCGUGCCAUUACAGAAGGAAAAGGAUGGCGACUGCGAUUACAUUAAUGCCAGCUACAUAGACGGUUACGGUAAAGCUCAAAAGUUUAUCGCUUCUCAAGGUCCAAACAAAAGCAUGAUUGACGAAUUCUGGCGAAUGGUCUGGCAGGAAAAUGCUGAAAAGAUUGUAAUGCUUACUAACCUUAUUGAAAUGGCUACGGUAAAGUGCCUUCAGUAUUGGCCAGAAAUGGGUCAAACUUGCUCCUAUGGUGGAAUCGAUAUAUCCAUUACAGACGUAAAAAAGUUUCGGGAUUAUGAAAUCAGAACAUUAGUUGCAAAAAAGGCGCAAAGUAAAUCCAGGCGAAUUCAUCAGUAUCAUUUUAGGACCUGGCCCGACAAUGAUGUCCCUGACAAUGGAUGGUGCCUUGUUAUGUUCUUGAAUGCAGUUGAAACCCAUUCUGCAUCUGCGCCGAUCAUCGUGCACUGCAGUGCCGGAGUUGGUCGGUCAGGCACGUUUAUAGCUCUUGACAACCUCGUAGAUCAGGCAAAGACUGAGAAAUAUGUAAAACCAUUGCAAAUGGUAGAAGCCAUGAGGUAUCAACGAGUCAACAUGGUCCAGACAAAGGAUCAGUACAUAUACUUACACGAAGCGCUUGCCGAAGCUCUGCUAAUCGGGACGGAUCACGUCUGGUAUUGGCAGUUUGAAAAUGUCCAUUCCUUCAUGAUAGCAAGAGAACCGGGAGACAAACAAACAAGGCUCGUUAAACAGUUUCAGUUGAUCGAACAAAGUCUAACAAAUGAAGCCGAGCAGGUGCAGGAGGGGCCAGAAUAUGGAAACAUGGAAACAAUAAUUUCCGAACUCGACGCAUACCGACCGAAAUUAAAGAAACGAGGUUUGAGUUUUACACAACAGCUCGACGCAAUUCUGUUGCCGAGUUUUUCCGGAAAGAACACGUUCAUAUUGUGUAAAUCACCAUGUGAAGAGCAGCUGGAAGAGUUUUGGUCUCUUGUGGAAGAGCAGCACGUGAUCACCGUCAUCAUGCUUACCUCCACUUCCAGUCGAGCCCACCAGGACGAAGAAGAUGUAACAACAAUAAAACAGUUUCAAUUCACUGGUUGGACAAAAAACGCAACAAUCCCACCACUGAAAAACAUGUUAGAAUGCCUCGAUGAUGUCAGAAUGUGGCAGCCGCACCUAGACGAAAACAGACCUGUGUUGAUUCAUUGCGAGACGGGAUAUGAGCGGAGCGGGUUAAUCGCAGUACUUCUGAAUGAGCUACAACGUAUGGAAAUGACCCGAGGCAAGAUCAACAUCGUGGAGACCGUGAAGACGAUGAAACAGAGAAACAGGGACAUCAUACCCAGUGCUAUCCAGGUCAGGCAACAGCAGGAGGCAUCGGCUGGCCCUGGAAAGAAGCGACAGAACCCCAUCGGUUCCCAAAUUAAAUCAACUAGCAGUGAAUCUGAGUGCCCUAAACUUAUCUUUCCUCCUUCACCAGAAAAGCAUGUUUUCAUUCUCAGCUCAGCAAGCAGCGUUCAGGCUGAAGCUUAUGUUGACGUGACGAACUUCAAGUUCACACCAUCCUCGUCCAUACCAGUCAAGGAUCCAUCUGACGCUAUUGACAGCUGGCUGACGAGCAUGCUCCUUCUGCCAAUGAACCGACUUCUUCUUACUGAUUAUCACAACGAAACAGUGAAGCUUGUGGAUCUGGAGACAAGUAGACUGGUGUCCCAGGUCAGAGUGCCAGGUGGACCAUGUGACAUGUGUCUCCUCCCCGGUGACAGGGUGGCAGUUUCUUUAACUUCCGGUAAAAUUCAGUUCCUGGAGACUCGGGGAGAAAUCGCUCUUGGAGCCAACAUCAGGGUGGAUAGCGACUCUCGAGGUAAUGGCUACCAUAAUGACAGACUGAUACUAUCAUAA